GGCAAAGAUGUCGGCGCUCGUGUCGUUUCCCGCCAAGCCCCCACGACAACGUCGGUGCGGCGCAGCGAAGUUUUGUUUGACGGCAUAAAACAGUUCUCCACGAUUUCUCAUAAGCCUCCUCAGCUGGAAUACAGUCCGGAAAAUGGGACAGUCGGACGAUAUCGAGGAUUCGACGUACAGUCGACACCAGGAUCUCUGCCAGAAGUUAAAUAUGGACGCGACCGCCGCGUCCGAGGCCUGGAAGUCCUACGAAACUAUCCGUCAGAACUAUACUCUCGAGGGUGAUCAAUUGCAUUGGAUAGGAUGUGCAUUAUACGUAGCUUGUAGAAAAUCCUCUACACCUACAGUGGGAAGGACUGGUGGUAAUGUGGAAGGCAACUGUGUAUCAUUGACACGUCUCUUGCAAUUGUGUAAUCUUCCAUUGAUACAAUUCUUUACAAAAAGCAAAUCAUGGGCAGAUAUGGCAAAUAUGCCGCAAGAUUUUCGCACCAAGAUAAAAAAGCUAGAAACAAAGUUUUCAGUUUCUUGGCUUAUAUUUACAAAAUAUCAGCCACUGUUUACUGAUAUAUUUAAGGAUCCCAAAGAGGAUACUACUAGACCGCCUAGGUCUAGAAGACACAAAGCAGUUCCCUGUACCCCUUCCAGGGUCUUUGAAUUCUGUUGGACAUUAUUUAUAUAUAUAAAGGGUACAUUUCCUGAUAUUUCGGACGACCUUGUUAACUCUUAUCAUCUCUUGUUAGUCUGCUGUGAUCUUAUAUAUAACAAUGCUGUGUUGGCAAACAGAAAAGAUUUGUUAAAUCCCAAUUUUUCUGGCUUACCAGCAAACUUCAAUGAUGAGAAUUAUAGUCCACCAAGAACAAUUGAUUGCAUUGUUAGUUUGUUGUGUGAACGUCAUGGAGCAAUCCCUAUUGAGGCUAAAGUUAUAAAGGAAUAUUACAUGAAAAAUUGUAUGAAUAAACUAUUUAAUGAGAAGAUCUUACGCGGUGAUCAAUCAAAUUUCUCUGGUAUACUAGGCACUGAGGCACUGAGUUUCGAUAGUAACAACAAAGCCAUUAACAAGGCUUAUGAACAGCGUGUAUUAAGCGUUGGGGAUUUUGAUGAAAGAAUUUUUUUAGCGGAAUGGAGAAGAAUAAAUUUGAACAACAUAUCAAAUUCGGAUACGUUUGGUCAAAAUAUUGUUAAGCAUGACCAGUUUGCUCAACAUGUAAAUCUUAAAGGCAACGACGCUAAUGAAAAUAUCGGUUCUCCUACGCAAAUGAUGAACAUUGAUGAUUUUCGUGAACAAUUGCAAAUGAAGAAAGAACAGCAUAUUGGGCAGAUGCAGUACAUGGCACCUCCUACACCACUGACUGGUCGUAAAUAUCUCCGAUCGAAGGAUAUGUCUAAUAUAACGCCAGUUAUUACGGCGACUCAAAGUGUCAUUAAGUUACAAGCUUUGAUAGCUGGGCAAUCUGCUCCAAGUGAAAGCCUCUUGCAAAUGUUGAACAGUUGUUCUCAAAACGUUAAAUCUUUAGUCGAGGCCAAAGUUACACAAAUUGGUGAACAAUUUUGCGCAAGUUAUAACAAUAAUGUAAAUUCCGCCAGCAUAAACGACGGUUCGACAUCAGACUAUGGAAGGAGGCGUCUUCUUAUGGGGCAAACUUUGUUUUAUAAGCUUCUGGAAAUGAUUUUAAAUGAUGAAAAGCGCAAGAAGCCAAAUUACGACAUAACUAAUUUACUUUCAAAUGAACUUUUUAUUCAAUGUCUGUUCGCUUGCUGUCUCGAGAUAGUUAUAUAUUCUUAUCAGAGCAAUGAUAAGACAUUUCCAUGGAUACUAAAAGCUUUGAAUUUAGACGCUUACUAUUUCUAUAAAGUUAUAGAAAUUAUAGUAAGAACUGAGGAUCAAUUAUCACGGGAUGUUGUCAAGCAUUUGAAUCAGAUCGAAGAGAAAAUUCUGGAAUCUUUAGCUUGGCAAAGCGAUAGUCCUUUAUGGCAAACUAUUGUUUCCUUAAAGGAUGGUGUGCCGAGUUGUGAGGAAGUAUCUUUACCUGGCACAUUGGAAACUGUUGAUCCAAACGCACCUGGUCAACCGGUAUUGAGACGGAUGGCUUUUGAUCGUGAUCGUACCCAUCAUGAUGUUCAACAAAGUCCAAUUUCGUCUGCUUCAGAAAGGUUUCAGUCUCCUAUCGCAGGAUCUGGUGUAGCGAAGAAGCGAUUAUUCCCUGAAACAAGAAUUACCGGUCAAAGUGUCCUACGCGUCGGGCAGAGCGUGUUAUCUUCUAACAGAGGAGGACUGUUAAUAGACGGAAGCCAAAAGAUUCUUUUGGUACCCGAUCAAGCCAUUUCGAAAACAUCGGGCGCACAAGUUUCACAUAAUUCAGUACAAGUUGUUCAAACGGCCAACAAAGACAUGGCUAAACCAAGAAAAACAGGUUCUGUUGCAUUGUUUUUCCGAAAGUUCUACAAUCUCGCGUUCGUACGCAUGCAAGACUUGUGCAAUUCGUUAGAAAUAUCAGAUACCGAUAAGAAGAAGAUCUGGACAAUUUUCGAAUACUCCAUCAAGGAUCGUACCGAAUUGAUGAAAGAUCGGCAUCUCGAUCAGAUCUUAAUGUGUGCAAUUUAUGUAAUAUGUAAAUUGGUGAAGAUGGAGAAGAACUCGUUCACUGAGAUUAUGCGGUGUUAUCGUCUGCAACCGCAGGCGGAAUCGCAUAUAUAUAGAUCGGUGCUUAUAACAAAAAUUCCCAAUGAUGGAAAUCCGACGAUGAGCAAUAAUGAAAAAUCGGAGGACAACGGGACAUUGGGAGAAAAUACAGCUCCGCCGACGCCGACAAAUAUGGCCGGGACAUCGCAGAACUUCGACGGAGAGGAACGCGGUGAUCUAAUCAAAUUCUACAAUACGGUAUACGUACCGCAGGUGAAGGAUUUUGCAAACAAAUUUGGAUUGGCUCGCGGUAGCGUCAUGAAUCUCUCACUGAGCCCUUUACCAAAAGGAAAAGCACCUGCUAAUUCCCCAGUGAGACGUGUUACCAGUAGUAUUAUGACACGUACUCUGGACCCAAAGGCUAUUAGUGCGUCACCGGCGCCGCAAUUAAGUUAUUGUUUUAGUCGUAGUCCUGCCAAGGAUUUAGAAGCCAUCAAUAAGAUGAUGAUAUCUGUAGAAGCGAAAAAGGGUGUAGGAAAACGAUUGCUUUCUGAUGAUACCGAUGUAGAAAUGGCAGAAGGUACAUCUCCUAAAAAGCCCACGACCCUUCCUCUCCACGUCGCGCGAAAAGUGGAAAAUAUCAUGGGAGACCGACGAACGCAAAAUCAAUAAGCAAAAUGUAAUAAAUAAUACGAAUUAUAAUUUAUGAAGAUGAAGAGCGUCACCGAUUUGCGUGUUUGCAUUCGAAUUGGCAUUAAAAUGGGUUCUUGAUUGUGUAGCAUAACUGUGAAUAAGACCUUCGUUUCUCAGGUAUGAUUGAAUUGGAAGUACUCAAUAUUAAUGUCAUUCACAUUACUCAAGAAUACUGUAAUGUUUGUAAUUCAAUGUAAAAUCAGAUUCAAUUUCCAGUAUUCUUCGUUGAUUUGAAUCUUAUCAGAAUAGACUUUUUUUUAUUUUUUUUUCCCCCUUUUUUGAUUAAUUUAUAGUUUACUGAACCAAGCGCGAGAGGGGAAUUUGAUUUAUAAAGAUGUGUAAUAUGGAUUAUGUAUUUUCCAAACACUUGACAUGCAUAUUACUUAUCUUACAUUAUAUUAUUAUUAACAGAAAAUAUUUUAGAAUCAAUUAAAUGCGCAAACAUUAUGAUUUUUUAACAUAUGAUGUUGUAUUUCGAUCAUGAUUGUUACAUAAAAUUUUUGUGUAUAGUCGUAAAGUCGUAUGUUAUACAUCUAUAUGUAUAGAGAUAAUAUAUUUAGUGACGACUAAUGCAUCUAUGAAAUUACCGAUGGUUUAUGUAUAACAUACAUUCAUUAUGUAAUACAUCUAUCUAUGUGGAAUUCAUCCAGCAUUUCAUCAGCCGAUGAAUUACUGGAGAUUUUAUAAAUUCAAUAAAUUAAUUUCAUUUUCAACGUAACAUA